GACGACAAGGACGGCAAACGGGGGUGGCGGCGGGCGCCUGCUAGGGUAGAGGCUGCCGCCGGCCGCGCAGCCAACACCGAAGAGCGCGAUGCGCCCUCGAGCCGCCGUCGCUGCCCGCCGCCAGCAGGCUCGCUGACGGUCGAGCAUCCCCGCAGCGGCCAUGAGUCGUCGGGCACUGCUCCUCCCCGCGGGCCACGGGCCCGCCGGCCCGGGGUUCCCGCCCCGGGGCGGGGACGAACGAGACCGCCAGCCGCCGCCGCCGUCGCUGCUCCACCAGGAGCUGCUCGAGUGCCUCCGCGAGCAGCUGCCCAGGACGCGGCGCGGAGACGCCUUCGCGCCGGAGGUCGUGCUCGAGUUCGUGCGCAGCAUCACCGAGCUGCAGGGCGACGACUUCAAGGAGCGCGGCGCGUCACCCGGUGGGCAUCCACCGGCAGAGGCGGCGCAGCAGCACCACGAAGGCAAGCACAUCCUGGACGCGUCGCUGGAGGACUUGAACUGCGACCCGGUGCCCGUGCUGCUGCCGCUGGUGGUGAGCCCGAGGGGCGCCAGCGACACGGCGGUCGCCAACUCGAACGGCUCCUGGCAGCUGGACCAGCGCCGGCGCUCCGCCGAGAAUGCGCUGCGUCGCUUCCGGCUUCGCUCGCACCCGAGUUCCGAGGGCGUCCACGAGAGGGCCGUGAUUGCCGAAGCGCUGAAGGACAUUCGACGGCGCCUCGACCCGUCCCCUCCUCGGGAGUCGUCGGAAGAGACGGCCGGUCCCAGCGAGCUCGAAGAGCUCAUGGAGGGCAGCUCGCUCGCGACCACGUCCGAGGACACGUCAUCGUCCCAGGAAAACACCGGACACGAGGGCGGCGACUCCACCAGCGCGGAAACCGCGGAGGCGACAGAGCAGCUGGACGUCGAGGCCGCCUCCGAGGAACAGUCCGCAGACAGCGCCAAGGACUCGUGCCCCGACUUCUCAGCGUCGGCCAACUACGACCUCCUCUCCUCAGUCGUGUCGUGCCUGGAUCCGGUGGUGGACCACGUGGAGCCUUUGUACACCAUGAGGAACGUGUACCAGAACAUCGCGCAAGCCUACGACACGGUGUUCGGCUCUGCGCAGGUCGACGGAGGAGUACCGCUGUUCCUGGACGAGAACCCGAAGCAGCCGGCCGACAGCUGCUCGGCCUGCUACGACUUCACGAACCACGAGUACCUCGAACACCACGACAGGCUUCCGGGAGGCGCGUUCGAGCGAUUCAUCUCUUCGAGUCGCCAGAGCGACGUCGACGCCCAACAGCAGACAAUGCCGCGGGUGCCGGGCCGCCUGUACGCUGACGACUGCCACUUCCAGUCGCCGCACGUCGUUCCGCAGUUCCAGCAGGUGCCCCUGAACGCGGAACUGCAGGCUGCCGUUCAACAGUCCGACGGUGCGAGCGGCAGCUCGAUGAUACCCAGCGUGGACGAGAAAUCAUUCAUCAAUUUCCUUUUCUCCACCAUGUCCAACGACGAAGUCGAAGGCCGGGCCGGACAGCUGGACCUGUUCCAUAUGAACUCCAGCGUCGGCUUCCUGAACGAAAACGCGGACACUUUCAACAACCACGUCACUCCCGCCGUCAUCGCCGACUACAACAAUAACGUCUUCGGUUUCCACGACAGCAUACCGUGUUACCACGAACUGGCCACCAUCGACGAAACGGAGAGACAGGCCGAGGUUUCUGGCGAAAUGCAGGUUGCCUCUACCAUGCGGCAGUUUUCCGAACCCACCGAGAACUCGACUCCCGCUACUUCGACGGAGAUGGGCCGUGCCAGCGACACUCUGGAUUCACCCCGGAAAUAUCAGCCAACAUUCGAAGAGGAAGUUCACAUGACGGCGACCCAGGUGUUUCAAGUCGAGCUUUCAAACAUGGCGCCAGAGUUCCUCCAGUCGCUGCAAGAUAAGAAUGACGACGUGAACGCCGAGAAGGGACACGUCUUUCCUCUGUCAUCGAGGAUCUGUGACGUCCUUUCGACCGAACCCGAACGCAACUACGACCUGCUCAAGUCUUCGCCCGAGCGCUGCUCGUGGGCCAAGGCGAGGACUCCGUUCUCCGACGCCAACCUCACACCGGCGGCGGAAAUGAUUCCAGUAGCCGAAGAGGCGCUCAUGUUCCGACGUCGAAACGGACGCAAUUUCUUCUCCGACGGCAACGUUCUCGGCGACGCCAUUAGCGGCGGCCAAGCGAAGCACCAAGAACAAGUUUUGGACAGGCCCCAGCUCACGUCCUGGCCCCUCAAGCCGGCGUUCAUCAGGGACAAGGACUGGAUGAGGCGGUUCGCUCCUCUGAGGCCCAUGUUCGUCAGGGAACAGCGGCAACCCAAGAAGCCACCUCCGCUGAAGCCCGUGUUUCUCGAGCCACAGCACCGGCAGCUUGACGACUGGACGGACGGCGAUACCGCAGCAGCUAGGCACUCAAUGGACGGCAGCCUUGGCUGGACCAAGAACCUUCGCCUACCGUCCAACGCGCCCAGCUGCCUUACCGACGACGAGGUGAACACCGAGGACAUCGUCUCGGGCCUGCGAGAGGACACGGCCAUACUCACGCCGCUGCUCCUGGAGUCUCGAAUCCCGAUGCGCCAGCAGCUGGUGACGACGGAAUCGAGUUCCGGCGACGGAAGCGACUCGGACCCCCCGGGACCCUUCGGCACCUCGUCCAGCGACGACAACAAGGAUUCUUGCACCGCCACAUUGCUCGACGCCAGCGAGGACGUCGAAGACUCGGCGACGACGUCGACCGCCACGGUGACUUCCGCGCCGCCACCGCCGCAGCAUGGGAGUCUCCACAAGGCCACAUUGCGCGUUUACGAGAACGACGACCUGGGUCCCGACGAGCCGCAGGCCGCGCUGCUGGCACCGCUCCCCGCUGCCGGCGUCAUGGCCUGGCCUCGCGUGCCCUGCAACGCGCCCUCGGCUACGGACGAGUUCGACGGAUCCGUGCGGCUCUUUGACUUCGCGUCGACGGCGAGCGAAGAGACGGCCGAGGUGGGCGGAUUCAACGAGGUCUACCCGGGCUCGACCAAGAAGACUGUCACCGUCCGCGCCAUGAUGCCCACCAUCGACGAGGAAGAUCAGGAAUGACGGACACGCCACGCCGGGGGGUGUCAAGUACACGUUCCCAAGAAUCUUAUAAAAAAGCUCGGCGGAAGAAACCGUGCGUUACAAAACGAGAGAAGUGUCACUGCUUGCGAACGCCGAACGAAGAUGCGACCGUCGUGGUCAUCCCGCUCCGGGCGGUGGUGAAAAAAACAAUGUCCGAGGCCACAACUCUUCCAUUCGGCUGAACGAAGCUUUCCGCGCCAAAACGAGAACGUGUCACUGAUACUUGGGAGUGAAUCGAAGAAACGUGAUCGUCUUGAUGCUCAAUUUGAACGGAAGCCCAACUGGACUCCCUGUACCCCAUCACACGUGCUAUCUUUAAUCGGCAGUGGGCUAUAAAAUUUCGCGAUACCGAUUGACCAAUCGGCGGAGAAGUGGCGGGCAAGAGAGUGCCAGCAGUGAAUUAAGGUGUCGCUCGGGAGUAUACGCCUGUUCUACGCUGACAAACACCCCCAGCGGAACAUUGCGCAAAAUUGCGAAGUUGCUCAACGGUGAUCGCUCUCUGUAGUUGGUAUCAAAAUUUCCUAAAAACUUUUUUUUGCUCAUGU